UUUCCUAUUUUUCUGAUUUUUUCUGAUUUUAUCAUUUGAGUCUGUUCUGGUUUUUGUUUUCUGAGUUUGUUCUGGUUUUGUUAUGACAUGUUCUAAUUCUAUUAUGAUUUUUUUCUGGGUUUCUGAUUUCUGUUCUGGAUUUUCUGGUUUCAUUCUGACGUGUUCUUUUUUAAUUUUGUUUUGGUUUUGUUUUCUGCUUUUAUUUCUGAUAUGUUUUGGGGUUUUCUGAUCCAGUUUUGUUCGUACUUUAUUUUUGACAUACUCUGACCUAUCUGGCAUUUUCUGAUUUCAUUUUUGAUUUUAUUUUUGGUUUUUCUGAUUUUUGUUCUGACAUGUUCUGAUUUUUUCUGGUUUUAUCAUUAUGACCCCUUAAAGAAUUAAUGCAGCAACACAAAUACACAAAGAAAACAAGAAAACGAAAAAAACAAUUAGAAGAAGCAAAAAAGAAAAUUCAAAAAGAGAAGAAAGCAACCAAAAGAGGGGAUAAAUUAACACGUUCCCAAUGCAAUUUGGAAGCAAUUAGAUCAAUUUAUGACCCCCAAAAAUUUGCUGAUAAAUUGUUUGGAUUGUUGGUUGGGCAUAAAAGGAAUGAAAAAUAUGUUGUUAGACUUUUACAAAUUUCUCUUUGUGCAAGAGUUAUUGGAAUACAUAAAUUACAAACUUUAGGCUUUUAUUCUUAUUUGCAUCGUUAUUUACAACCCAAACAAAAUCAAGUUACUCGAUUAUUAUUAUAUGCAGCACAAGCGUGCCAUGAAUUUGUUCCUUCUGAUAUUAUUGAACAAUUGGUUAGAGUUAUUGCCCAAAAUUUUGUUUCUGAUCGAAAUUCUGAAGAGGCUAUAACUGUUGGAUUAAACACUAUAAGAGAAAUUUAUGCAAAUUGUCCGGAUGCUGCAAAUGAGGGAAUGGUUAGAGAUUUGGCUGAGUAUAAACAUAUCCACAAUAAAAAUGUUUCAAUGGCUGCUCAUUCAUUAAUUGUACUUUUACGAACUAAAAAGCCUCAUUUAUUGCAUCAUAAAGACAGAGGAAGACCUCCUAAAAAACAGAAACGAUUGGAUGAAGAGGAGGAGGAGGGAAUGGAAGAAAAUGAAGAUAAAUCUGAGGAUAAUGAAUCGAUGGAGGAAGAAGAAAUAGAAGAAGAGGAAACAACAGAAAAUAAAAACAACGAAGAAGAAGAAUCUUCAGCAUUAGACGGCUUACCCCGCCUUAAAAACAUUGAACAUUUUAGUAAAAAACGUAAACAAACAAAAGAAGAAAGAAUGGAACAAGUUAGAUUAGGCAGGGAAGAUAGAGCAACAACUUAUGCUAAACCAAAAAAGAAGGGAGCACAUGUUGGCAGAACAAACAGAGAAUUGGCAAAACGCAAAAACUUUAAAAUGGUGCAACACAAAAUGCGUGGCAAAAAUCGUCAGAGAUCUUUUCGAGAUCGACAAUUAAGUUUACGAAAUUAUUUGUUGAGACAACAAGGAAAGAAAGUUUAGA